CGACCCCAGAUAAGCGGAGGAAAAUGGAUGGAUGGAUGGAAACACUGUGGUUAAAAUAGGACUGAUUGUAUGGCCUACAUUUGGGGCCUAAAUCAGUCUGCAUCAUUCUAUGAAUGAAUGUAGGUGACUCAGACAGUAUCUGCUUACUACAGCUGCUUUAUAGGCUACUGUAUGAAAAGCUCCUUCAGUUCAUGAAGUCCCUGCAGCAUCUGAGGGCACAAAUAUUUUUGAUAAAUCUGUGAGAAGUACUGCGCAGAGCGAAGUGCCAUUAGCACGGCCGUCCACUGUGUUAACCUUCAUUAAUUAAAUUGCAUGAAAACAAAAGGCUGAUCAGUAUAGGCUAUAAUCAUACUGACCUCUACACACAGCAGACUGGUCUAACCGGUUAUGACAAAUACAGUCUGCUUGUGGAUGACGCUGUGGUCUGAUUACAUCAGCAUCAGAGCCUUCCAUCUUUCAUUUUUAACAAAGGUUGCGCCUCAUGCUGUAGCCUUGACUCACAUUAUCUCUAUCUUUGUGGUGAUGUGUGUAUUGUGUUAAUGCCGCGAUGCUCUGAACCAUCGAGACAUGAGGUAAAGCUUUCAGUUUGCUGAGCUGACAUUAUCAUGUUUAAUUGUGAUUGCCACAGCUGUUUCAGAGCUAUGCAAUGCUUCAGAUGGUAAAAAUGCACUACUCCCACAGGUGUGUGCGCUCCAUUGUUGUGGUUAGUUUCUAUGGUGCCCAACUGAUCCAGAUGUUGCCUACAUUACAGGUUUUUUUGGGUCGUUGUUUUUUUUUGUCACCUGACAUCUUUUGCGAUAUCUCAUCUAACUAGCGAGAUCUCGUAAAUGUACUGCUCUUUUUUCUUUUUCUUCAACAGUUGAUUUGUUUUCUUCUUCUCCAUGUCCCCUCCGCAAUAUCCUUUUCGGGAACACAUACAAUCAAUACUGCAGUUAUUAGUCAUAGUAAUCAUGAAAAAGAACUGAAAAUAAAAUUUGUCCAGAUUUGAACAACUGUAGAACAACUACAAAACUGUAGUGAGCAGAAAGACACGACCACCUCUGAUCUGUAUAAUGAGAGUGAAAACAGAUAUUAGUUUGAAGGGUUACUUUGCAGAGGGUGAUGUGGAUUACAAAGGACUGAAUGAUGUUGCGAAGUGUACAUGAUAGAAUGGAUCAUGUUGAACAGCAAGAGAGGGGAUGCUGUCUUUGGUUGUGGCCUUGGUUGACGGAUGAUCAAUCAGAGGAGUUUCCUGGGUGACUGGAUUUAGUUUGGUCCUAAAGAUUGAAAGCUGAACAUGUCACACUAUUAGUAUAGAGAGGGAGGAUUUCACAACUGAGUUCAGAUUUAAACAAGUUCUUCAUUCACAAGUUAUAUUCUUCAGCAUUACAAGGUGUCAAUAACCAUUUGUUUUUUUAAUAUAUAUUUUCUCAAUCCAGUAACUGAUGCUGAAGGUGAAGACAAAUCACUGAUCAAUGAAGGCCACAUUUUGUACAAGAAGGGAGAUCUGCGCCCUCUUCGUCUUUCUGACUGUCUUUGUCUUAAUCUUUGUGCUACGUCACAUGGACAUUCUGGAGGGUCGUCCCAAGAAGUCUGGGGGGGACUUCCUACUCGCCAGUCUGCACAACCGGAACCUUGAAGCAGGUGUGGCUGGGCAAGUGGUGGAUCAUCUGAAUGGGAGCUACUCUGCUGUAUUCUCUUUACUCUGGGAAGGAGAUGCACAGGUUGAGGUGACUCUGGUUCACCCUGGUGAAGCCAUCUCAGUUCUGAAAAGGCUGAACAGAGAACAGCCCAAUAGGAUUUACUACAAGAGCCUCUUCCACUCAGGCUCACUCUCUGAAACCACCCUCUGUAACGUCUGCCUAAGGCCAACCCAGCAGCCGCUGUGCAACUACACUGACCUCCGUACAGGCGAGCCGUGGUUCUGCUCCAAGCCAAAGAACCUGAGCUGUGAUGCCAGGAUCAACCACUACGAAGGAGGAUACAAAGAAAAGGUCCUCAAUUCCAAUGAGGAGAAGCUCUUUCAAAGCGAUGUUAACAUGAAAGUCUACAUUCGGGCUUCAGGACCUGCUAAUGUCACCGUGUUGCCACAAAAAGAAGGUCAACGACAGGUGAAGAGCAGCACUGUGACAUCUGGACCCUCUGGUUAUUACUACCAGGGUGCGUGGCGAGCACUAGGUCGCACCACAGUCCGCGAAUUCAGCGCGUCUGCCAUCAGUCAGUGUCUGAAAGGCAAGGUGGUCCACAUGUAUGGAGACUCCACCAUCAGGCAGUGGUAUGAAUUCCUCAACGCAGCUCUACCAGGUCUUGAGGAGUUUGACCUGCACAACCCGAAGAGAACUGGACCUCACAUGUCCUUGGACUAUGCAAACAACAUCUUGAUGACGUACCGCUCCCAUGGUCCUCCUAUCCAUUUUCCCCCCAUGGACAUUAGAGUGCUUCAUUACAUUGCUAAUGAGCUAGAUGGCUUAGUUGGAGAACCCAACAUUGUCGUAGUUUUUACCAUCUGGGCUCACUUCGGACCUUUCCCCAUGGAGAUCUACAUCCGGCGGCUGCAGAGCAUCCGCAGGGCGGUGGUGCGGCUGCUGGACAAGACUCCAGGCACGCUGGUCGUCAUCCGGACAGCAAACCCCAAAGCUUUGACGUUAGAUGUGACGAUUAACUAUAGCGACUGGUACUCGCUGCAGCGUGAUAAGGUGCUCAGAGCCAUGUUCAAAGGACUGAAUGUCCAUCUGAUUGAUGCCUGGGAAAUGACCCUAGCCCACCACCUGCCACAUAACCUCCACCCACCACCUCCCAUUAUUAGGAAUAUGAUAAACCAUCUAUUGUCCUACAUAUGUCCUCAAAAUGGCAGCUAGAUGUUUGUGUCUUGGGGGAGAGGAAUGUGGAUUUAAGCACACAUUGAGUUUACAUGUUAUCUCUGUGUUUCCACCAAGUUCUGCAUUAUUCCAACUCUCCCGUGACAUCACAAUAAUCCAGGUGCUGUGCAAGGUAACAGCUAGCCUAGCUAUGUUGAAAGGUAUCAGCUAGCCUAGCUAUGUUGAAAGGUAACAAAAUCCAUCUUCCAGCACUUCUUAAGCCCACUAAUUAACACUGUAUAUCUAUUUUUGCUUUGCUUUCUGAGUACAGCCAACUUUAAAUUCUUUCUGACCGUUACUUUAACAAAACCUGUAUAUCUGGCUCACUAUAACAUAUACUCCAGAUACUGUUGUUAUCCAGCAGAGUGAUUCCCUUGUUUUUGGAAAUGUAUAAUAAACGCCUUAACAAUAAUCUAUACCCUUACCUUAACAGCCAUAUAUUAAUAAAAGUCUCCCUCAAGAAAAAUUAAUGUGUUUUAUGGCUCAAAAGAACAGAAAACAAGAUUAUUUUCAUAAUGUAACAUUAAUAUUUACAUGAUGUCAACUUUUGAUAUUAAGUUUAUAAGGGUAUUGAUGCCACACAUUGUUUACAGAAAAGUCCUCAUGUAGUAAUAAAGUGUAGCUACUCAUUGUUAAUCAAUUUGUGUGAUUUUCUAUUAGGAAUUUAAAAGAAAUAGACAAAUCAAGGGUUCUGCAAACAAAUAUCUUUAAUGAAUAUAUAUGUACCAUAUACUAUAUAUCCUAGAAAUGUGAACAGUAGGCCCAGUAUCUUAAAAAGUGAACUGUUUUUCACAUAUAAAAGAGUCAUUUUGCUUAAAUGUAAUACCAGCCUUGAUGUGGGACUAGAAAAGCCAGUAUGAAGUUAAAUGUGGGUUGGGUCCUCUCACGCAGACUUGAUCAUCCUUCUGGUGGCCGUCAGGGAGUAAGGCGCAUGAGUUUUCUAGGUUUGCCAGUAGAGGCCUGAAGCCCAAUCGACGUGUUCACCACUAGGAUGCCAGCCUCCGUUCAGAGCCGCAGCGGCUGUACCACCAACCGCCACCGUCUGAAGAGGUACAAUCCAUUUGAGCAAUGUCACCAACGAUGCAUGGGGAGCAGCCGUCGCUGCCGCGGUCGACGGUGCUGAA